AUGGGAAAAUAUAAAAAUUUGAAGGUCAAUGAGAGUAACAACUUGACAAAACCAGCGAUGGCGACGGGCGCGCAAAAAAAACAGAUCCUCAACACAAUUCAAGAGUCCUUGCUUGAUUUCUUGUCGCAACUCAACUGUAUCACGUCGUGUUCCGACAAAGUUGAAUCACCACUAUUUAAGAAAAGAUCCAGCCUUCGAGAGAUAGCACAGGUGUGUGUUGUGUUGAAGGCAAUACACGAAGCUGUACAAAGCGGAAUCAGCAUUACCAAAAGGCACAUUUACUAUUUGGAAAAGGACUUGUUUACGUGCCAGAAUACAGUCGACAGGAUCAUAAAGAGACUCAGCAAGUACGUAUUUAAAGCCCCCAAAGAGGCGUUUAACGUCAUUGCAGCGCCUAAGGGAUUUUUCAACGGGAAUGUUGGGUUUGGGAAAAAUCAGUCAAGCGCAACUACACGUCUCAUUCCAACAGUUCCCUUUCUCGCCAACAAUAGCGCAAACACCCAUAUAGCGGGUAUUCUUGUCGUCGAAAAGUACACUGUCUUUGAGAAAAUAGUUUCAUCACAUUGGUUUGCAUCGAUGAAAGGUGAAAUCCUUGUCGUCACGGGUUGUGGAUUUCCAGACACUGCAACUUGCGUCUUUGUCAGUACUAUCUCAACGACAACAAAGUGCCCGGUUUACUGUUUGGUCGACUUUGAUCCAUGCGGGCUCGAUAUUUUUGCAAGUUACGUCGAAAAGUUGGGUGAUGUUGUGGUGAAGCUUUUGUUAUACAAACAAGUGAAAGGAGUAUUUGACCAAAUAAAAAACACACACAAGCUCCCGCUCAACGCCGGUGACGUUAACCGAUUGCUCAGAAUCAGAGCGGAAACAAAUGACGACGAAGUCAAAAACGUUGUUGAGCUCCUUCUUGAAAACAAUUGUAAAAUUGAGAUGGAGGCAUUUUCGUCGACGGACGAGUCUAUGCUGCUCACAGACUCGUUUCUUCCCUCAUUGUUUCCACAAUAUCGGCAGAAAGUUGAGGAGUGA